UGACUAAUGCGUUUUGUUCAUUGGCAUAAAGUGUCGACUGGUGGUUGGAUGUUGACAUUUUUUCCACUCCACUAUCAUAAACAAUUUGAUUGUAUUACACUAAACGUCGAACAAUCACAGACCAUCAUUGAAUUGUGAAAUUAACACCAACGUUUUCAAUUGAUUACCUAAAGAUGACUAAAGGUAAUCCUUUCGAGUUGGAACUUGGUCCAUUAUCCCCCGAAGCAAAAGAACUUGCUUUAAAAGAACUGAGAGAAACACCGGAAAUCGUACAGAAAGCGAUCGAAGAACUGCGAGAACUUUUGAAAAAUGACGACACCAUUUAUUUCCGAGAUGAUGAUGAAUUUCUUUUAAUUUUCUUAAGGCCCUGCAAAUUCUACGCCAAAAGUGCAUACGAAUUGAUGAAACGUAUUGCUGAUUUUAAAGAAAACAAUAAAGCCCUUUUGGAUAAUCUUCUGCCAGAGGAUGAAAAAGACGCAUUUGUGAAUCAUAAUGUAGUGAAUGUAUUGAAAGACAGAGAUCACAAAGGACGACGGGUGUUAAUUGUUAAUUGUGGAGGCACCUGGAACACUUCCAAAGUCACUGCUGACCAGUUGUUCCGGCUAUUUUAUUUGAUUCAUGAAGCUGCAAUUUUGGAACCGGAAACCCAAGUUCGGGGUGUAGUUGUGAUAAUGGAUUUCGAAGGUCUCUCUUAUAAACAAGUUGCAGCUUUGAGUAUUACCUUCAGCAUGAGAUUACUGUCAUUCAUUCAGCAAGCAAUGCCUUUAAGACUUAAGGAGGUGCAUAUGGUCAAACAACCCUUCAUCUUUAAAGCUGUAUGGAGCAUGUUUAAACCUUUCAUAAAGGAAAAGCUAAAGUCAAGGAUGUACUUCCAUGGAGACAAAAUGCCAUCCUUACACCAGCAUUUGGCGCCGUCUCAUUUACCAAAGAAUUAUGGCGGAGAACUUCCCGAAAUUGAUUAUACCGGUAAUGAUUGGUAUCCUGCUAUUGAGGAACAUGUAGAACACAUCAAAAAACUUAACACGUAUGGCCGUGUUAAAAAGGAGAAAUAAGUAUAUAUAUUUAAAAAAAAUGGAUUCGUCUAAAUAUUCCUAACAUGAAACUAAUUUCAUUGCAAAAGAAUGAAUUUCUUUCAUAAACGUAGUGGUCCAAUCGAUAAAUAAUUAAAAGUAAUGUUGUAGUAUAGGAACACUUCCAUACAAAAAACACUCGACAUUUUUUUACUUUUCGUUUUAUUUAUAUAAGGACUACUUACUUAAAAACACGAUUCUAAGAAUACUUUAUUUAUUAGAAAAUAUGAGUUAUUAGCUAAGCCUUAAAAUAAUUGUAGGUAGUCUUUUUUUAUAAACAUGAAAAAUAAAUUCUUUUAAUAAACUUGAA